CUAACAGACGGGCAGAGCAGGAGGCGGGGCUGCGCGGUGACGUCACACCCACGGAUGACGCAGCGCGUUGGUGGGUGGGUCUGUGUUGACAUCGGGAGCCGGCACCUGAGGGCCGCGUUGCGCCGCCAGCCGCCCUCCCGCCGCCGCCAUGUACCGGGCCCUGUACAGCUUCCGCUCCGCCGAGCCCAACUCGCUGCCCUUCGCCGCCGGGGAGACCUUCCUGCUGCUGGAGCGGAGCAACCAGCACUGGUGGCUGGUGACCCGCGCAGGCUCCGGGGAGACGGGCUACGCGCCGGCCUCCUACCUGCAGCGGCUGCAGGUGCUGGAACAAGAUGUGGUUUUGCAGUCCGUUGACCGAGCUAUUGAGGCUAUCCACAAUGCAGCUAUGAAGAAUGGAGGCAAAUACAACUUGGAGCAGAGGGAUGUCCUCCAGAAACUGAUCCAUCAUCGGAAGGAGACUGUGUCACGCAAAGGUCACUCACCAGCCAGUCAGGGAAUGAUUAUGACCCCAUCCUCCAGUGAUCACCAUUUGGAUUUAGCACGACAGCCCAAUGGCAUGUGCCGGACAGGUUAUGAGCGACACCACAGCCUGCCAAACACGGAGAUCCAAGAGGAUGAUAAAGGCCUUUACCAGAUCCCGCCACAGCCCCGGCGUGCUGCUCCUGUAACACCCCCGCCACCAGAGAAACGCAAGAAUGUGCAGAUGGAAGCACCCAUUAGAAAUGCUGUUGAAAUCACCUCUGGGUCGGUUUCCAGUACCUCCUCUAUAAGCACAACUUCCCUGGAUACCUUGUACACUGGUUCCACUGCAUCCGAAACAGGUCUCCCAACAGCCACUUCCAGCCCCACCAACACCCCUCCCCCUGUCCCCAGCAGGAGUGCCCACACCACAAUAUCACGCAGCUUGGAUAUUAGUCCUUCAGCCCACCUGAAGCAUGGGACUUCAACAAAGGGUGGUGCAACCAAAUCUCCACAGACCAAGAGGGCUGCCCCAGGACCUCCUGUUGAAACAGCGGGUCAGAGGUCUCUCCCUAUGGAUGGGGAGAAGAAUCUGCAAGUCAAGAAGACUGCUCUAGCUCCAUCCGGGGGCUUAGAAGCCUUCAACUCUCUUUGCCUUGAUAAGAAGGCAGCUGCUUUGGAGGAGUUGGCACCAGAAUCCAGCAGCCAGACGAUUUCUGUGCCAAAGACAAUAGGUGCGGAACUGAUCGAGCUGGUGCGCAGGAACACCCACCUCAGCUAUGAGCUGUCACGGGUUGCUAUCGGUGUAGUGAUUGGCCACAUUCAGAGCUCCAUUCCAGCAACCAAUAACAUCAUGGAGCAGAUCCUCAUCUCAUUGGUGGAAAAUAAGAAUCUGAGUUCUGGGCUGCCUUCGGGGCAGAUCUGCCAUGAUGAGCAGCGGCUUGAGGUUAUCUUUGCAGAUCUGGCCAGGCACAAAGAUGAUGCCCAGCAGCGCAGCUGGGCACUCUAUGAGGAUGAAAAUGUCAUCUGUUGCUAUUUGGAAGAGCUGCUCCGUAUCCUGACAGAUGCAGAUCCUGAUAUUUGCAAGAAAAUGUGCAAAAAGAAUGAGUUUGAAUCAGUCUUGUCCCUUGUGGCAUAUUAUCAGAUGGAACACCGAGUGCCAUUGCGGCUGCUGCUGCUGAAGUGCUUUGGAGCAAUGUGCAACUUGGACGCUGCUAUUAUCUCCGCUCUCGUUAACUCCAUCCUUCCAAUGGAGCUGGCUCGUGACAUGCAGACUCAUACGCAAGACCAUCAAAAGAUGUGCUAUUCUGCACUGGUUCUGGCUAUGAUAUUCUCUAUGGGAGAGCCGCUGCCGUAUCACCACUAUGAGCACCUCAACUCACAGUUUGUCCAGUUCCUGUUGGAUGUGAUUGAAGAUGGGCUGCCCUCAGAUACCACAGAGCAACUGCCUGACCUGUUUGUUAAUGUCCUUCUGGCCUUUAAUCUCCACAUUCCAGUUCCAGAACACAAUGUGAUCAUGACUACAGUGAGCAAGCACUCCAAUGUCAAGACCUUCACAGAAAAGGUGCUGUUGCUACUGAACAGGGGAGAUGAUCCGGUUGGUAUCUUCAAACACCAGCCUCAGCCGCCGCAUUCGGUGCUGAAGUUCCUUCAGGACGUCUUUGCCAGCAAGGAUACCGCAAACAUCUUCUACCACACGGACAUGAUGGUGAUGAUCGACAUAACGGUGCGGCAGAUUGCAGAUCUCUCCCCUGGAGACAAGCUGAGGAUGGAGUAUCUGUCUCUAAUGCAUGCGAUCAUGCGUUCCACAUCUUACCUGCAGCAUCAGCAUCGUCUCUCUGACCUACAAGGUACCUUGCAGCGCAUUUUGGCUGAGGAAGAAGAGGGGCAGCAGUGCCAGAUGGACAAAAUGAUCAUCUGGGAAAUGUAUAAGGAGUUCCCAGAAAUGUCUCCAGGAACCAGCUAACUGACCAUUGGAUUGGACUGAGAGAGCCACUUGGAACAAAAAUGUCUCAUGUUGACACUUCUCCACAUCCCCUUCCAGUGCUGCUUAUACUUAUUAUUCCUCCGGGUGAGGCCUAGGGUUCAGACAGGUUCUGUAGAAGUGUGGCAAUAGAAUACCCCAGCAGAAUGCAUUUUAAGGGCACUCCUGAGGUCUGGCCCUAUAUGAGAGUUGUUACCUUGAAUGGAAGAGGACAAUUUGCACAAGGGUCGUGUUCUGACUGGGACAGGAAGGCAUUCAUCAGCUGUGUGGGUAUUGGAAACAGGAGGGGGACACAGAGCUUGUGAGGGACUUACCAACCUGGAUGCUGGAUGGCUUUGGAUGUUUAGCUGUUCUGGGGUCUGAGGUUCUGAAUUAAAAAGCCUUUGCCAUGGAGUAUCCCUUGUCACCAUACACAUCUCUCCCUGCAGUUACCAAGUGGAGUAGGCCAGUGUUUGGAAGAAGCUUUCGUAACAUCUGUUUUGUUUUCUGCUCCUAGAGCAAAUAUGCUGCAGUCCUGGCAAAGGGGAUAGCUAGCUGCAUCUCCGCUACUGUGUCUGGUGAGCCUUUUGCUUCCUCCUGACCCCUGGCUUGCUCUCUGGGUUACAACCCACCAACUGGGGUCCUAAUGACCGAGUCAAGCAGCUGCUUUUUCCAGUCGUCUUUACAUAGUGAUGAUUAAAUCAGAGAUUCUCUCACGCUGUGCCGGCAGAACAAUAACAGUUGUCCAGGCAACGUUAUUCUUUUCAGAGGCCUCUGGCCUAGAAGCAGUGCUAAGGUGUGUCAUGCUAACUGAAACCUGCAGCUUGUCUCCUAGUGUCUUCCCAGCCUCUGGUGCGCCACACAGAGGUGCGUAUUUGUAGCUAGCAGCAUGGGGUGCUCUGUUCUUAAAACCUGCGGAUUUCUUGCCUUGAGCUUAGUAGCGAUUGGUUCUGCCUUGCUGUACCUCCUCUCCAUGUGCCAGUGGCCUGAAGGUUUCUUGAGCCUGGUGUCCAGUAGUUCUGCUUGUGAAUAUGCACAGAUGUGGAGAACCUGCUAUAUUUUCUCUAGGUCUCUAACAAUGGAUUAAUCUGUUUCUUAUUUAUAUCUUACGGAUGUGGUCACAAGCUAACAUGGGUCUGUAAUAUCUAUUGCUAUGCACAAGCACUGCAUAAGUGAUUGCUUUCUUUGCUGGAGCUUUGCAGUGUUUUGUGUAGAAGCCAUUACAAAUGAAACUGGGAAUACUUAGGCAACUGGGUAUUAGCAGAUGAAUGAACAAAACUUGAAGUCUGUGUGGUGAGGGCUUGGGCCCUAAGUGCAAUGUGAGUGUGAAGCCCAGGAAGGCCCUGCAGCCUAAAGAGGAUGAGUGGAUCAUGAAAUCAGCGUUGGAGCAUUCAAGGCUAACGAACAGCCCUGUUAGAAAUAAAUCUAUUUUCCCUAUCAAUGUCUGAAUGUCAAAAGGGAGCUGUAUUUUCGUAAUAACUAACGUAAAUGUAACACACAAUGAAAUAAAAACGUCUUAAAUGCUGG